AUGAGCAAAAGAGGUGCAGGAAAUUCGGGCAACAAGCUAAGAGUAACCCUCGCACUUCCAGUCGGGGCUUUAAUAAACUGUGCUGACAACACAGGUGCCAAAACUCUUUACAUCAUGGCAGUCCACAGAAUCGGUGCAAGACUCAAUCGUCUUCCAGCUGCCUCUGUCGGCGAUAUGGUCUUGGUAACAGUGAAAAAAGGCAAGCCAGAGCUCAGGAAAAAGGUUAUGCCAGCUGUCAUCGUAAGACAAAGGAAACCAUGGCGACGAUCUGACGGAAUCUUCAUUUGCUGUGAAGACAAUGCAGGAGUCAUUGUAAAUCCUAAAGGAGAAAUGAAAGGCUCAGGUGUCUCUGGCCCAGUCACAAAAGAAUGCGCAGAUCUCUGGCCUAGAGUGUCAUCUAACGCAGGAGCUAUAGUUUAA